CUUUUGUUACCCUUGAAAAUUUGUGACAACCUACAUUGUACAAUAGAGAGCCUAAUUUAACACUGGUGUUACUUAACUCACGCGCUAUGAGCGUAGCUGUUUUUAUCGAUGGCACUGAUGCGAAACAAGUUACUGAGUUAAAAAGAUUUCUUAAGAGUUAUGGGGCCAAAGUGCUUGAUAACUCUGAGUGUACAGAUGCUAACUGGCCAGACGAGCUGAUUAAAUGCCUUAAAUACAUCGACAUCUGUUGGAAAGACGAAACUAUUGCUGAAGCUGAUGUCAAUGAUGUUUUAGCAAGUGUUGCCUCUAUUUUUAUCCAACUUCCACCUGAUAAAUUAAUAGAUGCGGUUCAUCUUUUUUGCGAAAAGUUACGUGAUUUUUCUGGUGAUAACACACGAAGACAUAGGAGCAAACUUUUCCCACUGAACCUUUUGUUUUGUGGACUUAAUCCCAAAAGUCAUCCUCGUUAUGAAAUAUAUCUUACUCUAAUUGAAUGUGCUGAAAAAAUGGGCGUUCUAAAUGAAGUGAUAACUGCACCAAAAAAAGUUGCUUAUUGGCUAAGUGAAUGUGAUUGCACAGUUGAGGAGUGCCAGAAAGUAUGGCAGAAGCUGUAUGAUGCACAUACUUCACUGGGUGAAAGUCGAAAAGCUAUUGAAGCCAUGAUAUAUCUCCUCUCAACCUACAAUGAACUAACUGCUAUGAAUGCCCGGCAAAAUGCAAUAAAAUGCAUCAUAUCUGUGUUGCAAGAUCCAUCUUUAUUAUCUCAUGAUCAAUUGUACGCUCUUAAACCAGUUCAAUAUUUGGAAGGUGAACCUGUUCAUGAUUUCUUUAAGAUAUUUGUCUCUGGAGAUCUGAAUACAUUCAGAAACUUCCUAACUAAACAUCCAAACUUUUUAAGUCAGAAUAAUCUAUCUGAAGAAGCUUGUAUUCACAAACUCCGACUUCUGACGUUAAUGCAGUUGUCUGAGAAUGUGAAUGAACUUAGUUAUCAAGAUGCAGCUGCUCAGUUGAAUCUCAAGAUUGAAGAGCUGGAGCCAUUUAUAAUAGAAGGUAAAAUUUUAGAUGUGGUUUAGUAGUUAUCUGUCCUUGCGAAUAUUUCAUCUCAGGUGUGUCCGGUGUGUAAGUUUAUUUCACGCUGUCUGUAGCUUGCUUCAAGCUUAAUGUAAUCUAAAGUGAGAUUUCAAGGGCUUAACUGGAAAAGCUUUAGUUCCACAUGAUAGUAUAACCCAGGCAUAGUAUUUAGGAAUUCCUUAUACCAUUUGACUAUUAUGGUAAACUUUAUGUAGAUUUGGACCGUGACUACUUGUUAACUAACUCAAGUUUAUCUUGUUAUCACGUAACAAUUUGUUCAAAAAUUAUUUUCAAGAUCAUAGCGCUUUAAGAGUUAUAGAAAUUAUACCACAAGGUUGGAAUCCGGGAGUAAGUUAUCUCAAUAUUAUCCCAUCAUCUGUCUUUUCUUUCAUUUUGAUAUACACCGAAAACGAAUUCAUAUCUCAAAGAUUGUCUCAUCAAUGUACUCCCUCAAUAAAUCUUAACGAUGGCCUUAUUAAGCUAGAAACUAAAAUAUACUUGGUUUCUUGGAACGAGAGGCUGUUUUUAUUAUGCUUGAUCUGGAUUAAUGGUUUGGGAAUAGAUGAAAUGUCCUAGCACUAAUAUGGUGAGUGACGUUUUUGUCGACUUGCUCCCCUAGAACACCUAAUGAGAUAAUGUUUACUCUGGUCCACCUAGUCAAAAAUUACAGGUAUACGACCACACAUGUUUUAAAACAUCACUUUAGCGCUCUAGGAACUAGACUUAAAAUCCUCAUCAGUUAUGACUGCAAAUGUUUAGUAAUGAGCAUCCAUUGAUCGUACCAGUGUAAAGUUGUUGGAAAGCUUAAUUAAAGGUAAAACGGAAGCAGGCAAAUGUUUAUUAAAAAAGUGAGCGGAUUGAGGCAAAUAUAUAUCGAGCGACUUGUAUAUUGGUUUGUUUCUGCUUAAGGUCAGAUAUGUCAUCUCUGUUUUCUAGCAUAGGUUUUUUGCUCUGACAUUAACUUCAAGCUCCUUGCUUGUUCAAGUCCUUAGCGUGUCAUAACGAAACAUAUUCUGAAUGUUUGGUAUUUUUAACCAUGACAUAUUCACCAUUUCCUCUGUUAAUUUUGUAUUUUUAUGCUAUUUUGGUAUAGCAACUUGGGCUAGCUUACAUUUGCUCCAGGUUCUACGUUGAUUAUAGCUCACCAACUGACGUCACGGCUGUAAGAAAAAUGAAAUCACUAGGAGAAUUAGAAAAUUGCUGAAAACACUAAUAUUUGCAGCAGGAAGACUGACCAAAUUACUUUAGGAAUCAAAGUAAAUGAAAUAAAAUCGAACAGUGUAAGAUAUCGUUUAUCAUAAAGUUAAGAACUUAGAGAAAUAUGUGGGAUGAAUUCACCUGUGCAAAUGUCGUAUCAUCUGAUCUUUAAUUAUAGAUUCGGUUUAUUUUAUGAGCAUCACCAAACCACAAAUCUAAAACUAACAGUCAAAAUUUUCACGGGGUGUCUCUAUGUUAUGUUUUCACCGCUGGUAACCAUUUGCUAACUAUAUUCUAUACUAUCCAGCUUAACAGAAUAAGACAGAUGCUGCUUAGACCUAAGUAUCACAUAUCUCAACUGCUACUAUCGUACGAAUUAAUUUACUGUUUGUACGUAGUAGUUUACGUCCUAUAUCAGAGUUACUUGCCAUGUUGUUUCAUCACGUUAUACUAGUGUUUCGAGGGUAUCUGUAAUUGAAAACUUAUGAAUAACACAUGUCUUUAAUGUUCAGUAGCGACCUUUCAAGUGCUUUAAGCAAUAUCGAGUGAUAUUUUGUGUUAUUUGCCUUCUAUGUUUGUAGACAAAUAAAUAUUUCGUUUGCUAUUUAAAUGUAUAUUGACGAAAUUCCGGUUUCAUUUUUAUGUGUUUCAAAAUCUCAUCAGCUCUUCAACCAACUACGGUUGGUGAAACCAAAAAAUCUUGGAACCAACUUUGAUAUUAUAUUUUAGUUUUCUAGUGCUUUUUUCAAGUUUAGGGCAACUACACUUUUAAUAGGAGUCAGUUCAGUCGACACUGUAGAGGUUUCCCGUUUUGCAUCUCAUGUAACAUUUGUUGAAUAUACCUACUCGUUAUUCUCUUGAACAUAAUGGUGGAAAAUUGUUCUAUAUUUUUAAAAUAUUCAUAACUGCGCAUAUUUUCAUAUCAUUGAUCGCAGUAGUAAGGUAACUCCUUCAGAUAACCAGAAGUUCCGCUAAUAUUGCUUUCUGGCAACUGAUGGAGGUAACUAAAUAAGGUUGGUUGCGAAAAUAGCACACAUCUCGCCCUCCGGACUCCCGGCACUGGCAGUAAGGCUUUAGAAGUACGGAGCUAACAUAUCUAAAACUGAGCACCAAAAGGGCUUAUGUGACUGAUCUAAAGGAUUUUUCCAUUGAAGUCUGUAACUAUGCUCUCAGAUCAUCAAAACCACUGCUAAUCCAGUUUCAUUUUCACGUAUCUCACGAAUAUGUAUUUUAUUGUGUGAGUAACCAGGGAGUAACGACCACCCACACCUCUUACAGCGAUCAAGAUGACCUUGUUGAUGACUGCAGUCUAUACAACUUGAAUAUAAUUCUGCCAUUGACAUGUUUAUAGUAUAUUUAGGAAUUCCAGUGUAAUCGCGUACCGAAAUUCUUUCGCCAAUUAUCAUAUAUUACAUUUGAGUUAAACCCAAUAUAUCUUAACUCAACAUUCCUGAUGAUCUAAUUUUUUGCGAACUUUUUUGGUAAUAACACUUUACGUUCAUUUUAGCUGUGCGCCAGAGAGCUGUUGCAUGUAAAUUAGAUCAAGUUCAAAAGAAAAUCCUAAUUACCGGAGCGUUUCCACGUACAUUUGGUCGACCUCAAUGGGUUAACUUACAUGAUACAUUGGUACAAUGGCGAUCUCAUCUUGGUACUGUACAAUCUAGUUUAAGUAUGAUGAUUCAAAAUGAAUCUUCUUAAAUAAUUAUACCUAACCCAGUAGAAAAAGAGAGUUUUUGUGCCUUGGUUUUUGAUUUUUCUUAUCACUUUCGUUCAUGGGGAUAUUUUUAAUUGGUGUUAUGAAAUCGUAUUUUAUUUAAAAUGAGAUAACCACUGUUAUAUAUUUAAUAGCUUUAGUGAUUAUGCUCAUUCGUUCUUCACCAAUGAUGUUUUUAGUUGUUGUAAUGGUAGCGAACUCUUAUCAUGCAGUUUAAUUAGUUUAAAAAGUAAAAAGACAAUAUAUAAAUGGAAUAAUUUUAAGUUUAUUGCGUUGCUGGAGUGUUUUCUAGACAGCGUAUCUACCAGAAACUAGUGGUUUUAUCACAGUGCUCAAUCAUAUUU